AUGGCUGUCAAGACGAGCGUUGAUAAACCUGAGCCGGCAGUUGAUCUAAAUUGGACAUUCCGGCACGCGUAUCUGACGCUGCUCAAUGGUGUUUCGGAUUCUUCUGCCUCGUCAUUUUUGAGCAGGUUUCUCACAUUAAAUAAGAAACACCUCUUGGCCAAGAACCUGCCGUUUCAAAGCAAGACAACCAAGGCCGCUACAGACGACUUUGAGAUUGGGUCACGAAUUGUUAAAAAUAGAUUGACUCCCAAGCAGCAAAAAUAUGUUUCCGAGAUCUCAACAACACUACGUUUUGACAUCCAUGAAGUCGCCCGGAUCGUUCAAAUCACUACCGAGAGGAUCCCCGAUGAGAGUGAAAUGGACAGCGCCGAUAAGUCAUUAUUUCAGUUAACAGAGACUCAUGACAAUGUGACCCACUUCUAUUCGAAUGUUAUCAAGGAAUCUAGAGCAGUCCUGAAAACGCUCUUGUAUCUAAUUAAAAACGAGCAUUCGCUGUCUUCCGAUAUGCAAGACCUUUGUUACGAAAUCAAGCAGAAUGGCUACGAUCUGCUCCAGGCCUACAUAGAGUCUUUGGUGGAGUGGAACAAAACACCGAUUGAGAUUUCCCAGAAAAGCCUGCAAAUGGAGCUCGAACUACUGGUGCUGGAUGUGUUGAAUCUGAUUUUGUACCUUAUAUUCAAAACUGGUACUGGAUUCACCAAAGGUACAGCAAUGAAGUGGUUCAAGCUCAUGAAAGACUCCAAUUACUGUGGUCUUUCUCGGAUCUGUGAAGAUGACAAUAACGAUAGGGUGACAACCUUCGAAGGUCUUUGCACUGUUCUGUCUCUGGUGAUGCUGGACCUGGAUUUCAAUUUUGGAGCGCUAACAGACGAGGACUCAUUCACUAACGACCCAGAAAUAAUGUAUGCCAUUAAUGAUUGUCUACUAACAAGUCAUGCAAACUCCAUCGUCUUGUACGCUUGGAGCAUAAUCUUGCAUAGAAAACAUUUGGUGAUCUCCAACGACCCUAGCCAUCCCGUCAGUGUCCAGUUGAUUGAUAAGUUUGGCGGCCUUGAAAAUCUGCAGAAGAUUUUCCUAACGUGCGCUAAAAAAGCUGAGGAACUAGACGUAUGUGCAUCCAUGAUUAGAUGUCAUGAUAUAUUGUCGUACGAUAGUCUCUAUGAUGCCAUUUUGGCAGCCUUUGUUGUUGCCUUUGUGCCCUACAUCCAGCUUAAUGACAACAUCACUCUUGCAAUCAGAAAAAUCAUGACUAAUGCCCCAGACAGAAUAGUUGAGAGAUUUUUUCUCAACCCAGCAACAGAAGACUUGAUGGCCAUUGCUCGAGCCAAGCUGCCUUUAUCAAUAAAGUCUUUUAUCCGUCUUGUUGGAAUAAAUUCAAAUUUGGCUUAUGAAGAGCUCGCUAAUCUCAAGUCUUAUAUGGAGGUGUUCAAAGAAGAGGAAUUUUAUUACAAGUACCUCAUAGACGAUGAAAAUCCAAACUUAAUCAAGCUCACUCAAGACGUUGAUGUCCUGCCUCCAUACGAAACUCCCGGGGAGCUUUCACUGCUGCUCAAAGAAGGCACAAAGGCUCAGAUCUUCCCGGGAGCGAACAAGGAUGACAUGGUUGUUGCAUUUCUUUACGAUUACAAUGGAUGGACUUUACUGGGUAGAAUUCUGAAAAACCUGUCAAAGAAACUGGAUACUAACCCUGAGAAAGUGGAUCUGGCAUGCGAAAUAUUCCAGCUAAUGACCAAGAUCUCGCAAGAGCUGGAGAAAGACAAGUUUGACGAAGUCAUAAAAGCAAUGAGUUUGUUUUCCGAUGACCGUGAUGUCAUUGAAGUCAUUUUCCGUAUUCUGGAGCAAGCGCUGCAGUUGCGAAAUGUCCACUUGUUGCAGUCUGGAUACAAUCUUCUGUCCUCGCUUUCUAUGUGCGGAUACUCAUUCAGGAUAUGGUCAUACCUUUACAAAUCGCAGCUUCUUGGGCUGAAGGCUAAUGCGGGCUUAGCCAAUACCAUUUUGGGAACAGUUGAGAUGGUUGAGUGGAAGUACGCGUUUACCUUAUCUCUACUAAAGCUCACAAACUCUAUGCUGGACGAUUGUCUAGCAAUUUCCGAUGAGGUCAAUUGGAAGCUGAAGUCUGAGGUUUUAGAUCGGCUAGUGGCGCACUGCAUCCACGUCUAUGAGAACUUCCUUCACUGGAUGUUCACUGAUGACGUUCAGAGACUACAGAUUGGGACAUAUGCUCAGUUGAUUUUCGUGAAGAUCCUUGUUUCUCUAUAUGGGAUUGACGAUGGAACGGACCCAAAAAACAAAGUGACGCGUGUAUUUGCGCAGUCUUGCGAGAGAAUCACGAGGAUGUUUUUGGUUCCUGAUAUUCAAGUUUCAAGAACCUCCAAGCCAAUUUUGGAAACCUUUAGCUCACUUUCUGACACAGUUACUGACAUUGAUACGUCUGGACUUUUUGGUCUUUGGCAGCAAAGAUUCAUUGGCGGCAUGUUUGAGUUUGCUACAACUCUUAUAUCCAUCAGAGAUGCCUGCCAAGGGACACUUGCAUCCGCCUUUGAGAUGGAUCUUUAUUCUAUAAUUCCUAGGCUGGUCGAUUUGUAUGCUGGCACCAUGAAUCUGCGUGCAAGUGUUCUGAAUCUGUUGUCCAGUCUGGUUAGCACAAGUUGGGAAAAAGAGCCUCCAUCUCUGCUCACUCACCUUGGACAGGAACAUACUCAACUUUUGCUCAAAUGCCUAGCAGUGGACAUGGCAAAUGAAUUUGAGACUCAUGAUAUGAAAACAGCGCUUUUCAGGUUUUUCUCCUCAGUCAUGGAAGGAGAUCAAGAAGGACUGUCAAUCGUUUUCAUCACUGGACGAAAUAUCAAGGAUUGCAUCUUGGAUGAGAAGAAGAGCCUCAGUAAAGAAGAUAAGUUGAAGAAGUCGCAGUUUUCGCUUCUGAAGAUUUUGAAGGCAUUAAUUUCGAAAAUCUCUGUCUAUCCAAGCAACGUCUCGCUGAAACUGGUGGAAUCUCUUGCUCUUGCGUUUAACUCAUGGACUACUGCCAAAGAAGACGAUGACGAUGAGGGCUUUGUGAUGAGCAUCAUCAGCGAGCUGAGUUCAUUUCCAAAACCACCGUCAACUAACGAGGGUGAGGCUUUGAGGGAGUAUUUCUACCAGGUCAACAUAAAAGCGAAAAUGGCCGAGAUUGUUUCCCUGUACCUGUUUGUUUCGCAAAACAACGCCAACAAAUCGAAGAUCUAUCAACUUCUGAACUCCCAGGAGUUCAUCUCACAGCUCAAGGGUAAGUUCGAACUUAAAGAUAGCUCACUCUCUCCAAUAGAACAAGAAGUGAAAGAGUUCACCAUAGACGGAAUGAAGUUCCAACUUUCGCAAUUUGAAAGAUCUCCUUAUUUUGUUAAAGAGGCUUACGGUGAUGAUUCCUCGCAUUCUAUGGAAUUGAUGGACAAACUGUUCAGAAAAAGUGCAGAGUGGGAAGUAGUGAGAAACCAAGCUGUCGCCUACAGCUUAAAUUUCCAGCUUUUUUCUGCGCGUGUCACGGCUGCUAAGUCUUUUGGUGCCUUGGUCACAUGCUUCUGCAAAAACAACGGAGCUGAAACUAAUUUGCAGUACAUUUCUCUGGCUACUACGCUCCUAAAAAUCAACGAUCAAGAGGGAAUACUUUCACCAAACUUUGCCAUUAUAUACCAGGAACGCAUCGACCUGGCAUUUUUCAUUUGUCUGACUUUCUCCAAACGCAAGGAAAACAAAUUCGACGAUAAGAUAGUGUUCCCUUUGAUUUCCUCUGCCUGUCAACUCCUUGUGUCUAAUGAUAUCAAUUUGCAAGCUGGGCUUGUGAGCUUUGAAAACCAAAACUACCGUCCGUUAUUGAGGACCCUUCUGAUAGCCCUUGGUAUGAUCAAAGAGGAUACCAUGCUUUUCAUGGAAUAUGGUGCCGCGUUCGUGGACAUCUUCAAUACAAUCAUCGCUAAAUCUGUGAAAACAAUAUUCAAAUCCAUUCAAAAUGAAGUGAUGGCUUCUAGGAAAACUGACUAUGGGAACUCCUUGCUUGUCUGCAAGCAAGCAGAUGACCUUUCACUGAUUAUCAGUUUGCUGAACACGCUGAUCAACAAGCAUCUCCCUCGUGACCUGGAAGUUUCCAUCGCCAAAUGUGUGAUAGAUUCAGGUCUCUUCAGAUCCACCGCGAAUCUUUACUCUUGCUCCCAUCUGAUCAAGAUCAACAAGGAAGCAGUGUUUUCGGAAAUCUCCCUCAAGAUUAUCAACGAACUUGUGCAAUUGAAACCUGUGGCGGAGAAGUUGCUGGCAAAUGGACUAUUUAUGGUUCUGGUUGACUCUCAGAUAUCGGUACUUAUUCAAAAAGGCGGUGUCUCUCCUGUUAUUCCUGCCACAGCCAGGCUGCACCAAAUCUGGGUUGAUGGUCUUUUAUCGACCGUUCUGACCUUAAUCACAACAUUUGGUGAGAAAUUAUCUGCCGAAAUAUUCUUGUUCGUCAAAUCAUUUUCCAAACAAUUUCAGAGUACUCUUUCCGGAUGGUUGGAGUCUUCCACGCCAAUCAGUCUUCCAAUCGUCCACGAAACCUCCCAGAUCAUUUUCUUGGCCAAAGCUCUCAAUCUUCUUGACAUCUACGAGAACGUGGCUUCCAAUUCCGACUCUGUUAAGCUCAUUCCCGGUCUGGAUACCAAAGAGGAACGCCUCAACCUUGUCAAUGGCCUAAACUAUCUUAUUUCGCAUCCCAAGUUCCUUUCUUCGAGAAUUGUGGCAUCCAAUCUCGAAGAGCAAAAGCUUCUCGACUCAGAAGAAAAGUACAAAUUCGUGGACCGACUUCUUGAUGAAAUCAAGCAGCUGAAAGAUAUGCUACUAGAGUGA